AUGAAUGUGUUCCAUCACAUUAAACAAAUCAAGAGUCAAAAAACUAUCCAGCCGAUGCAAAUAAAUGACCACUACAUCAUCUUGGAAAAACAAGUCAUCAUGACUGAGAGCAGAGUUCUGAAACAGCUUGGAUUCUGUGUGCAUGUCAAGCACCCUCAUAAGAUUAUUGUUGUGUACCUGCAAGUAUUAGGAUACGAAAAGCAUCAACCGAUUAUGCAGCUGUCAUGGAACUACAUGAACGACUCUCUGAGAAGUGACGUGUUUAUGAGAUACGACCCAGAAACGGUGGCGUGUGCAUGCAUCUACCUGUCAGCCCGCAAGCUGCGCAUCCCCUUGCCGAAGCAGCCGCCCUGGUUUGGCCUGUUUGGUAUUUCCGAAGCCCACAUUGUCGAUGUGUGCAAACGAAUUCUACGGCUCUACCAACGGGCAAAGGUGAAUGCUGAGGAAUUAGAGAAGAAAGUGGAAGAACUUAAAAAAAAUUAUCAGGAAGCCAAACUAAAAGCCUGUGGACAGAUCUCGGGAAGCAAUGCUCCCAACUCAGGAGCUAGUAACAACCAUCAGGAAGCCAGACUAAAAGCUUGUGGACAGAUCUUGGGAAGCAAUGCUCCCAACUCAGGAGCUAGUAACAACCAUCAGGAAGCCAGACUAAAAGCUUGUGGACAGAUCUCGGGAAGCAAUGCUCCCAACUCAGGAGCUAGUAACAACCAUCAGGAAGCCAGACUAAAAGCUUGUGGACAGAUCUCGGGAAGCAAUGCUCCCAACUCAGGAGCUAGUAACAACCAUCAGGAAGCCAGACUAAAAGCUUGUGGACAGAUCUCGGGAAACAAUGUUCCCAACUCAGGAGCUAGUAACAACCAUCAGGAAGCCAGACUAAAAGCUUGUGGACAGAUCUCGGGAAGCAAUGCUCCCAACUCAGGAGCUAGGAACAACCAUCGGGAAGCCAGACUAGUAGCUUGUGGACAGAUCUCGAGAAGCAAUGCUCCCAACUCAGGAGCUAGGAACAACCAUCAGGAAGCCAGACUAAAAGCUUGUGGACAGAUCUUUGGAAACAAUGCUCCCAACUCAGGAGCUAGGAACAAUCAUCAGGAAGCCAGACUAAAAGCUUGUGGACAGAUCUCGAGAAGCAAUGCUCCCAACUCAGGAGCUAGGAACAACCAUCAGGAAGCCAAACUAAAAGCUUGUGGACAGAUCUCGAGAAGCAAUGCUCCCAACUCAGGAGCUAGGAACAACCAUCAGGAAGCCAAACUAAAAGCUUGUGGACAGAUCUCGAGAAGCAAUGCUCCCAACUCAGGAGCUAGGAACAACCAUCAGGAAGCCAGACUGAAAGCUUGUGGACAGAUCUCGAGAAGAGCUAGGAACAACCAUCAGGAAGCCAGACUAAAAGCUUGUGGACAGAUCUCGAGAAGCAAUGCUCCCAACUCAGAAGCUAGGAACAACCAUCAGGAAGCCAGACUAGUAGCUUGUGGACAGAUCUCGAGAAGCAAUGCUCCCAACUCAGGAGCCUUUCCCUCGGCUUGGAACCAUGUUGAAAAGCACCAAAGAAGUAGAUGGUCAAGGUUACCAAGAUCUCAUUCACCUCAGUUGAAGUUCAGAUCACAUUUAAAGUCAAGAAAUCGUUUGCUCAAGCAUAAUCGAUCAAAUAAGCACAGCCGAACACGAUCCCGGUCCGGAACCCGGUCAAGGUCAUUAAGAUCUCAUUCGCCUCAAUACAAGUUCCGAUCACGUUCAACGUCAAGAAAUCGUUUGCUCAAGCAUAAUCGAUCAAAUAAGCACAGCCGAACACGAUCCCGGUCCGGAACCCGGUCAAGGUCAUUAAGAUCUCAUUCGCCUCAAUACAAGUUCCGAUCACGUUCAACGUCAAGAAAUCGUUUGCUCAAGCAUAAUCGAUCAAAUAAGCACAGCCGAACACGAUCCCGGUCCGGAACCCGGUCAAGGUCAUUAAGAUCUCAUUCGCCUCAAUACAAGUUCCGAUCACGUUCAACGUCAAGAAAUCGUUUGCUCAAGCAUAAUCGAUCAAAUAAGCACAGCCGAACACGAUCCCGGUCCGGAACCCGGUCAAGGUCAUUAAGAUCUCAUUCGCCUCAAUACAAGUUCCGAUCACGUUCAACGUCAAGAAAUCGUUUGCUCAAGCAUAAUCGAUCAAAUAAGCACAGCCGAACACGAUCCCGGUCCGGAACCCGGUCAAGGUCAUUAAGAUCUCAUUCGCCUCAAUACAAGUUCCGAUCACGUUCAACGUCAAGAAAUCGUUUGCUCAAGCAUUCCCGGUCUCGAUCCCGUUCCUGGGUCGGAUCCCUUUCCCGGUCCCGAUCCCGUUCCCGCUCUGUAGAAAGAAGGCUUGAGAAAUCACAUAAGUUGAAACGUUCUAGUCACACGUCUAGUCCUUCGCCCACCUACAAGUCACGUUCAAGGUACCGAUCUCGCUCUCGUAGUCCCAGAGUCCAUAACAAGUACAAGAGUGAUAAUAACAAUAACGAAAAAUGCUUGACGCAAUCAUCGCGUUUAAUGCGCAGAGACUCGUAUGAAACUAGUGGCGAUAUAGAACGCAGCUGGCAUUGCUUGGGAAAUCACACAAGUUAUGACGUCCCAGUCACACCUCUAGUCUUUUGCCCACCUACUCACUCAUAUGGUCUAUGGACAAAUCACGUUCAAGGUACCAAUCACGGUCACAUAGUCCCAGUGUCUAUGACAAGUAUUACAGAAACUCCUAUGGAACAAGCAGGGAAAGAAUAUUCAGCAGAUAGUAAUUGGGCGAUGCAUUAG